GUCCUGGGAGAAAAGAUCCAGGUUUCAUCUUCUGUUGCUCAUCACCAUCUCUUCCUCUUUCUUCUCGUCGACUUUACCGUCGCAUAUAAGAUGGGAAAGUUAGGAUAAGCAUGUUUUCCGACUUUCAGCUGCUUCGUCGACUGUAUGCUUUCUUUCGGAGGAUACGAAACGAUGGUGCUUCGUUAUACCGAAGCUUUCUAUUUGCCUAUGUGGAGCACAUUUGGGUCACACGAGACAACACCGAGGUCGAUCGUAUCGGACAAAGUCUUACACUAUGUCAGUGGACAAAUGACAUCCGCGGCAAUAUCUGUGCCAACUUUGAAGAGCUGAGAGAGAUGUUCCUCCAGCUGCUGUACGAGCACAUCAGAGAAGAAUCGACACCACGAAGUCACAAGGAGUUUCUGUCGAGGAGCCUGAGACAGUGGGAUUCAGCUUCAAGUGGGACGCUUUGCUCACCAUUAAAUUUCUUGUGUCUUCUCUUCGUUCAGUGUUCUCUAGUGUGUUUGCUCGGUCAGUCAUUUCACUCUUAGGCUAUGCUGCUUCAAAUGAAAUAGCCAGGCAAGCUGCUGAAAU